CACCCAGACCGUUCAACGUAUACUUCGGCGCAUUACAGAAGAUCAAAAUGGCCAGUUGUAGUCCAACUAAAUUAUCUAAGAAGAAUGGCAUCGCUUCGUCAUCGUUAUCAUAUACGGAUGAAUAUAAAAUUUUAAGCACCGUAAGCAGUGUACAUGAAGAAACCAAUAAGAAAAAGGAGCAGCAGCACCAGGAAGUUGAGCAGAAAAAUGUGUUGCAAAUCAGAAAAACGAAAGGAAAACAUCAGGACCAAGUUAAGGAAUGUGAAACUAAAGAAAUAAGAGAAAAAGAACUCCAGAGGAAAUUCAAUCUCACAGGCCUGGAAGUUCCUAUAUAUAAAGUUCAAGUGCAGCAGCUUUUAAAGGGAGGAAAACUGGACCUCAUUGUGAAACCGGGUGAAGUAGUGGAAAUUAUCCGUAUGGUUGACUGUCCUACUGGAAAGUGGCUAGCCAGAACUCAUGAUGGGAAUUAUGGUUACAUCCAGAUUGAUGCUGUGAAAAUGGAUAAUGCCGAAAUUAAGGAAAUUAGUAAAAGAAUUUUGAAACAACCAGAGACAUUUGAGGAAAUAUAUGAUGAUGUUGGCCUUCCUGAAAUAACUCCUGAACUGUGUUCCACAUCACCACUUCAAAGUGUUGACUCUGGGCAAUCCACUGAAGCAAUGGAUACCAAAAAGGAAUCUGAGAAAAGAAACAGUGGAAAUAAGGUAAACCCCCUGACAAAAAUCUUACAAAAAGGAAAAGAAAAGAAAAAAAAGGGACAUGAAAGUUCCUCGUAUAUCCUGCAACCUGAAUUAGGACCUGCAUCCCAUGCUUAUGACAACUCAAGCAAUUUGUCAGGAAGUCAAAAAUUGAGCAGUUCACAGAACUAUUUUGUGGAUGAAGAGCCAUUAGAUGAACAAGUGUAUGAUGAUGCAGAAUCCUGUACCUCAGAGUCUCUUAAAAAAGACCGAAUGAAGGAAUUGGGAAAAUUGUUCAAGAAGGAGAUUGGUGAUGGAGAAAGGGAGAAGAAGGUAAAAAUGAGAAAAGAUAAAGAACAAGAUCAUCUCAGUGCAAAUUCAAGAUCACAAUCUACUCUAUCUAUAACUAAUUCAGAAAGCAGUGCAAGCGGUGUGUAUGAAGAUCUUAACAGUGUGAAGGAAUAUGGUGAUUUUGAAGACAGAACUUCAAAAUCCGAUCCAAAUAAAAACGGUUGGGCAAAUAUCUUCAGGAAACGUGAAGAAAAUGUAAAGAGGACCGGAGAAAUUAACACAAAGGUACAAGAAGCUGAAAGAGUGGAGGGCAAUAAUGAAGAUGGCCCUGUUUCAGAUUUUAAGGCAACCAGAGAGAAGGUGAAAGGAAUAUUUAAAGGGAAGAGAAAAGAUCCAAAUGAAGAAAAAGAGACAAAAGUGAAUAAAAAGAAAAUGCUAAAAGAGCAAGAAUUUAGAGAAAAGUUUAACUAUACUAAGGAGAUAGUUGUGGAAAACAUUGCAGUUGUGGAACAGAAUGCUGUACAGGAGAAGAAAGGAUCCCUAUAUUUACCCAUAAAAGCUGGAGAGAAGCUGGAAGUAAUCGAUAUUGGAGAAGGAAACCAAAUUAUCUGUCGAAACUCAGAAAGCAAAUAUGGUUAUGUUCAUGUACGGCAUUUAAUAUUUGGAAACCAGAAUUAACAGGAAUGCUUCGGAAGAAAAUGAACAGAAAUCAUUAUUUUGAAAAUUAUUGAUUUAUGAAAGAAC